AUGGCAAUUGUACUUGGCUUUAAUGCUCCCAAUUCAAAACAUUUUUGCUCUUGGUGCCUUUGUACAAAAGAGAAUAUUGGAAAUAAACACAAGGUUUGUGUUAUUGAAAAAACUAUGGAUCAAAUUAAGUUAAAGCUACCACCAGGGCAUGUUAAAUCUCCUUUACUUCAAAUGAUUCCUUUAAGUCACUAUGUUCCAAACGAGUUACACAUAAUGUUGCGAAUUUGGGAUAGGUUAUGGGAUUUAGUACUACAAGAACUCAAAACACAAAAUCAAUUUAAUGAUUUAGCAAGAGCAAAGAUUCUUGCCAAAAUGCGUAGGAUUUUAAUUUCAUUCAAUUUUUGGCAGGAACAGGGAACGCAAAAUUGGUCUUAUACAUCUUUAAUGGGAGAAGAUAAGGAAAAAAUGGGUUUAUAUCGUCCAAAAGAUGUAACACCUUACAUGCAUGUUUUAGUUCACCAUUUACCUGAAUUUAUGGAACAACAUCAGAAGUUUGGAUUAAGUGCUUUUUCAUGUGCUUUUGUUGAAAAAAAAAAUCACGAUCAAGUUUCUGCAUUUUUUUGA